CCCCGCUUGUUCUGAGGCGACACAGCAAAAGGCUCACCUCGAGGCUGGGGAGCUGAGCGCCGAUGCGGUCGAACGCGAUUGGCCGCGCCUGGCAAGCAGGAACCGCACCUCAGGCAAGCGGUAGCAGGCGGGCUCGGAGCGCGGCCCCCCUGGACUGAGACCGACCCAGCGACUUUGUGGCCCGGGCAGCACCAAAGAACUUUUCCCCUCAGCCUCGACUCAGGUCAGAAGACAAGAUUGUGUAGAGUUGGGGAGACACCAGAAAAGGAAGUCUGAUGCUUUUACUGAAAUGGGUCUGAGCCACAGAGUAUGUUUAAUGAAGCUGUUGCUCAGGUUCUGAUUUGUUACCUACAAACUACAUUGUCAAUGAAGGAAGAAACUGGCAGAGAAUUUGAGGUGGGAGCUAAGUCCUAAUACUAUUCAACAUGCGCAAAGGGGUGCCAAAGGACCCAGAAAUAGCUGACCUGUUCUACAAAGAUGAUCCUCAGGAACUAUUUGUGGGUUUGCAUGAAAUUGGACAUGGAAGUUUUGGAGCAGUUUAUUUUGCGACCAAUGUUCGCACUAAUGAGGUGGUGGCAAUCAAGAAGAUGUCCUACAGUGGGAAGCAAACAAACGAGAAAUGGCAGGAUAUCAUAAAGGAAGUCAGAUUUCUACAACAACUAAAGCACCCCAACACCAUAGAGUAUAAGGGCUGUUACUUGAAAGAGCAUACUGCCUGGUUAGUGAUGGAGUACUGUUUAGGAUCUGCUUCUGAUUUGUUAGAAGUUCACAAGAAGCCACUUCAGGAAGUGGAGAUAGCUGCCAUUACCCAUGGUGCCUUGCAGGGGCUGGCCUACCUGCAUUCUCAUUGUAAGAUACAUAGGGAUAUUAAAGCAGGAAAUAUUCUCCUAACAGAACCAGGUCAGGUGAAGCUGGCUGAUUUUGGGUCCGCAUCUAUAGCCUCUCCUGCCAAUUCCUUUGUGGGGACACCUUACUGGAUGGCCCCUGAGGUAAUCCUGGCUAUGGAUGAAGGGCAAUAUGAUGGAAAAGUAGAUGUCUGGUCUCUUGGAAUCACAUGCAUAGAGCUGGCGGAACGGAAGCCUCCCCUUUUCAAUAUGAAUGCAAUGAGUGCCUUAUAUCACAUAGCCCAGAACGACUCCCCUACAUUACAGUCAAAUGAAUGGACAACUUCUUUUAGGGGAUUUGUUGAUUACUGUUUGCAAAAAAUACCUCAGGAAAGACCAUCAUCGGCAGAAUUAUUGCGGCAUGAGUUUGUUCGUUCUGAGCGGCCACCCCGGGUUCUAAUAGACUUGAUUCAAAGAACGAAGGAUGCUGUGCGAGAACUAGAUAAUCUUCAGUAUCGGAAAAUGAAGAAAAUCCUUUUCCAGGAGACUCACAAUGGCCCGCUGAAUGAAUUUCAGGAAGAGGAGGAGGACAGUGAGCAUGGGACAAACCUCAGUAGGAAGAUGGACAGUCUGGGCAGCAACCAUUCUAUUCCCAGCAUGUCUGUGAGCACAGGCAGUCAGAGCAGCAGUGUCAACAGCAUGCAGGAGGUCAUGGAUGAGAGCAGCUCAGAGCUGGUCAUGAUGCAUGAUGACGAGAGCACCAUUAAUUCCACUCCCUCUGUUGUGCACAAGAAGGAUCAUGUAUUCAUAAGGGAUGAGGUGGGCCACGGGGAGCGCAGGCCUGAUCUGCGGCCUACCCACUCAGUCCAGAAUCAGGCCCUCCACUACCGGAACCGAGAACGCUUUGCCACAAUCAAAUCAGCAUCUUUGGUUACAAGGCAGAUCCAUGAGCAUGAGCAGGAGAACGAGUUGCGGGAACAGAUGUCAGGAUAUAAGCGGAUGCGGCGCCAGCACCAGAAGCAGCUGAUCGCCCUGGAGAACAAGCUGAAGGCUGAAAUGGACGAGCACCGCCUCAAGCUGCAGAAAGAGGUGGAGACUCAUGCCAACAACUCGUCCAUUGAGCUGGAGAAGCUGGCCAAGAAGCAAGUGGCCAUCAUUGAGAAGGAGGCAAAGGCGGCGGCGGCAGAUGAGAAGAAGUUCCAGCAGCAGAUUUUGACUCAGCAGAAGAGAGAUCUGACCAAUUUCUUAGAAAGUCAGAAGAAGCAAUACAAGAUUUGCAAGGAAAAGAUUAAAGAGGAGAUGAAUGAGGAUCACAGCACACCGAAGAAGGAGAAGCAAGAGAGGAUAUCCAAACACAAAGAGAACCUGCAGCACACACAGGCUGAAGAGGAGGCCCAUCUUCUCAGCCAGCAGAGACUCUACUAUGACAAAAACUGCCGUUUCUUCAAGCGAAAAAGCAUGAUCAGGAGGCACGAGUUGGAGCAGCAGAACAUUCGGGAGGAGUUAAAUAAGAAGAGAACGCAGAAGGAGAUGGAGCACGCCAUGCUAAUCCGGCACGAUGAGUCGACGCGGGAGUUAGAAUACAGGCAGCUGCACACGUUGCAGAAGCUACGCAUGGACUUGAUCCGGCUGCAGCACCAGACUGAGCUAGAGAACCAGCUGGAGUACAACAAGCGGCGGGAGCGGGAGCUGCACAGGAAGCACGUUAUGGAACUUCGGCAGCAGCCCAAAAACUUGAAGGCCAUGGAAAUGCAGAUCAAGAAGCAGUUCCAGGACACGUGCAAAGUGCAAACCAAGCAGUAUAAAGCACUCAAGAACCACCAGCUGGAAGUGACUCCAAAGAGUGAGCACAAAACUAUUCUGAAGAGCCUGAAGGAUGAGCAGACAAGGAAGCUUGCCAUCCUGGCUGAGCAGUACGAGCAGAGCAUCAAUGAGAUGAUGGCAUCGCAAGCGCUGCGGCUGGAUGAGGCUCAGGAAGCAGAAUGCCAGGCCCUGCGGCUGCAGCUUCAGCAGGAGAUGGAGCUACUCAAUGCCUACCAGAGCAAAAUCAAGAUGCAGACGGAAGCACAGCAUGAACGGGAGCUCCAGAAGCUGGAGCAGAGGGUAUCGUUGCGCAGGGCACAUCUUGAGCAAAAGAUUGAAGAGGAGCUAGCUGCCCUGCAGAAGGAGCGCAGCGAGAGGAUAAAGUUUCUGUUGGAAAGGCAAGAGCGAGAGAUUGAAACUUUUGACAUGGAGAGCCUUCGAAUGGGCUUUGGAAAUUUGGUCACAUUAGAAUUUCCUAAGGAGGACUACAGAUGAGAUUAAAUUUCUUUUGCCAUUAAAAAAAAUGCAAACAAAAAAUAUCUCAAAUCCCAACAUUCCCCCCCAUGUUAACGGGUGUGCUCUCUCUCUUUCUGUCUCUCUUACUGACAUCACGUCGGACUUAGUGCCUGUAUAUUCUUACUCCAUCAGGGGCCCCCCUUCCCGCCAGGUGUCAAGCUCCAGAGCUGGACCACGCUCGGCAGUUUCUUGAGUCUCAUAGUGUCUCACCGUAUUGAUGUCUCUGUGCAAUGAUUUUUUUUUCUAAAAAAAAAAAAAGAAAUAUAUAUGUUUCAGUGAAAACUUUGGAGACAAUUCUAAUGAAUCAAAAAAAAAGUGGAUGUAUGUUUGCUCAAAAGCAAUCACUUCAUUUUUGCCACCAACCAAUGAAAGUACAAGCAAAAAAAAAAAGUAAUUUUUAAAAAAAGCAGAAGUCAAUCCCCAGGGGGAGAGAGAUGGAUGUCGCAGCCUUACCUUAAAUCAGCUGCUGCAUAACUUUUUAGUUUUUAAUUUUAUUCUUUCUUUUUUUUGGUAUUUAUUCAUCAGGAAUAAUUAAAUAAAAAUAAUAAAAAAUUUUAUUAAGAGAUUGAGAAAUUUGAUACAUUUUACAGAAAAAAAUAUGAAUUCUGAAUUGUGCUGUACAUAUCAGUGGUGGACAUAUUAUUACUUUGGGGGGGAAGGGGAGGGGGGUUGGGGGGCAGAGGGAGAGCGUGAUUUUUUGAAAAGGGCCAGGCCAGGCCAGGUGGGUUUUUGGCCAUGGUCUUUGGCACAUUCUUGAUUGUAUCAUAAUCAUUUUCUGCUGUAGCAGAGGAUGUGAAUACACUUAAAAAAAAACAAAAAAAAAACAGAA